AUGACUCUCAGCUUACUUCGCCUUCGAUUCUGGGUGCCACGUGGAAGGACCGUCGUCAAGCAGCAAUUGCAUCGGUGCGUCACUUGCACGCGCUGGCGAGCUGCCACUCCACAACCUCCUAUGGGCAACCUUCCUCGUGACCGAGUGACGCCGACUCGGCCAUUCCUGAGUACUGGCCUGGACUACGCGGGACCCAUUUCUAUCCGGACCAGCAAGGGGCGCGGACACCGCUCACAGAAGGGAUACAUCGCAGUCUUCAUAUGUUUCUGGUCAAAGGCUAUCCACCUCGAGGUCGUCUCGGAUUACAGCUCCGAGGCCUUCAUCGCCCCCUUACGCCGCUUCGUCUCUCGCAGAGGUCUGUGCACGGACAUCUACAGCGACUGCGGCACAACAUUCAUUGGCGCCGAUCGCACGCUGCGUGAGCUCUUCAAGGCGUCGACCUCCGAGGGCCAUCACAUCGCCCGCGCCGCCAACACUCAAGGGAUCCGCUGGCACUUUAAUCCGCCAGCGGCCCCUCACUUCGGUGGUCUUUGGGAGGCUGCCGUAAAAUCCACGAAAUUUCAUCUCCGUCGAGUAAUCGGCGAAACUACACUUACGUUUGAGGAGCUUAGUACACUCCUCACACAAAUAGAGGCGUGUCUUAAUUCUCGUUCGUUACAGGCUCUGUCAGACGAUCCAGACGACACUUCGGCGCUCACACCAGGCCACUUCAUCAUCGGAGCACCGGUACCUGAGCCAUCGCUGACGGGUCAAUCAACCUCCACGCUGUCACGCUGGCGUCACCUGCAGCUGAUGCGAGACCAUUUUUGGCAGCGGUGGUCGGCUGAGUAUGUGCACGGUCUCAACCCCCGCACCAAAUGGUUCAAGGCCGAGUCCGUACCUCACGUUGGGGACCUCUGCAUCAUCCGCUCGGAGCUCACCCCUCCGACCCGAUGGCCUCUCGCGCGAAUCACGAGACUGCAUCCCGGGGACGACGGUAUCGUCCGCGUGGUCUCAGUCUGCACCGCCACAUCCGAACUCGUGCGCCCGAUCGUCAAAUUGGUCAUGCUUCCGGGCGCGGAUCGUAUUCCGGGCAUGAAUAACGCGGACACGCCGUCCGCCGGCACGUAA